GCACUUGAAAAAACAGGCAUACUUUCUUUUACUCAGCAAGACAAAUCAUUGUUUUUAGAAUUCAAACUUCAUUGCUGUAAUGCCAUUUUAAGAAAAAGAAUUUCCUAUUGUUGUUCUUACAUUCCAGGGGUAAUCAGAGAAUUGGAUUUAGAAACUUCCCUUCCCCACCCCUUUUUCUGACAUUCUUCCCAGAAGUAAGGAAGACUCCUGAAAUCACAGACAGCUGGUGAGGGAGAAGUGUGUUUGAAGCACCAGGAUGUUUCCAAGAUGGCAACGACCGCCUCCCAGAAGUGAAGAGUUUUCUUCCUGGUCCCUGCUUCAACGAGUUAAGCCAGUGAAGGAGAAAUCAGGAGACCAGUCUCCAGCCAUGGAAGGAGCAGUGCAACUUCUCACUCGGGAUGGCCAUAGCAUAUCCCACAAUUCCAAGAGGCACUACCAUGAUGCCUUUGUGUGCAUGAAUAGGAUGCGCCAGCGUGGACUUUUGUGUGACAUUGUUCUCCAUGUGGGGACCAAGGAAAUAAAGGGCCAUAAAGUGGUGCUGGCAUCAUGCAGCCCUUAUUUCCAUGCCAUGUUUACAAAUGAGAUGAGUGAGAGUCGCCAGACACACGUAACCUUACACGACAUUGACCCUCAGGCCCUUGAACAGCUGGUUCAGUAUGCGUAUACAGCAGAGAUUGUAGUAGGAGAGGGAAAUGUGCAGACUCUACUGCCUGCUGCCAGCCUUCUACAGCUGAAUGGAGUGAGGGACGCCUGCUGUAAGUUUCUACUCAGUCAACUGGAUCCUUCCAACUGCCUGGGAAUCCGAGGCUUUGCAGAUACACACUCCUGCAGUGAUCUUCUUAAGUCUGCACACAAGUAUGUCCUUCAGCACUUUGUAGAGGUGUCUAAGACUGAAGAGUUCAUGCUGCUACCACUGAAGCAGGUUUUGGACCUUAUAUCUAGUGAUAGUCUAAAUGUCCCUUCGGAAGAAGAAGUGUACAGAGCGGUGCUAAACUGGGUGAAACAUGAUGUAGAUGGCAGAAGACAGCAUGUCCCUAGGUUGAUGAAGUGUGUGCGCCUACCAUUGUUGAGCAGAGAUUUCCUAAUGAGCAGUGUGGACACAGAGCUUCUUGUGCGUCAUCACUCUGAAUGUAAGGAUCUUUUGAUCGAAGCUCUCAAGUACCAUUUAAUGCCGGAACAACGAGGGGUUCUGAGUAAUAGCCGGACUCGGCCUAGACGCUGUGAAGGUGCCAGCACCGUGCUUUUUGCAGUAGGUGGAGGGAGCCUGUUUGCUAUACAUGGUGACUGUGAGGCCUAUGAUACUAGGACUGACCGCUGGCAUAUGGUGACUUCUAUGUCAACCAGAAGAGCAAGAGUUGGUGUUGCAGCCAUUGGAAACAAGCUGUAUGCUGUGGGAGGGUAUGAUGGUACAUCUGAUCUUGCCACAGUGGAGUCAUAUGAUCCUGUUACCAAUACUUGGCAGCCUGAGGUUUCAAUGGGAACACGUCGCAGUUGUCUUGGGGUUGCUGUUCUUCAUGGACUGCUGUACGCAGCCGGUGGAUAUGAUGGUGCUUCUUGUUUGAACAGUGCAGAGCGUUAUGAUCCCCUAACUGGCACGUGGACUUCAAUAGCAGCCAUGAGCACCAGGCGAAGAUAUGUUAGAGUUGCAACACUAGAUGGAAAUCUUUAUGCAGUUGGAGGAUAUGACAGCUCUUCACAUCUGGCUACAGUGGAGAAAUAUGAACCACAGAUAAAUACUUGGACUCCAAUUGCUAACAUGCUGAGCCGCCGGAGCAGUGCUGGGGUUGCUGUGCUGGAGGGCAUGCUCUAUGUCGCAGGAGGAAAUGAUGGAACAAGUUGUCUCAACUCUGUAGAGAGGUACAACCCUAAGGCAAACACAUGGGAGAGCGUGGCCCCAAUGAACAUUAGGAGAAGCACUCAUGACCUUGUAGCAAUGGAUGGAUGGCUUUAUGCUGUUGGGGGCAAUGAUGGCAGCUCCAGUCUAAAUUCGAUUGAGAAAUACAACCCACGAACCAACAAAUGGGUAGCAGCCUCCUGCAUGUUCACAAGAAGAAGCAGUGUUGGGGUGGCAGUCCUUGAACUCCUCAAUUUCCCACCUCCUUCAUCCCCUACCCUCUCUGUCUCCUCCACCAGCCUCUGACAAAGAAAAGACUUUAACACGCAGAAGAGGCCUGCAUAGAGUUGAACAGGGGAAUCCAGAAGAUUAACUCACAAGUUAUACGACUCAACAGGGGUUCUUAUUCCCAGAAUAACUCCUCUGUCCAUAUGACCUCUUUAGUGCUGGAAAGGCCUGAAUUCCAUUGCACUGAUACCUCUGCUGUUUUGAUUUGACAUUUUGAGCCCCAAAGUAGCAAGAAAUUGAGAAAUGGAUUACAAGAUCUCAGAGAAAUAACAGAAUAAGGAACAACAGUACUUUUUUUUUUUUUUUUUAACAGGGUUCUCAAGAUUUUGGCACUUUAGCUGUUGUGGGCUGCAGCUCCUCGCACUCCCUUAUCUGGUGACAGAUUUUGGAAACUGCAGUUUACAACGCCUGGAAGGAUACAAGAACAUCACUGUUCUGCACUGAGCAAGUCUCUCCAGCAGGAAAGGGGGUUAACCACUCAAACUGUGACCGUCUUCUGUAUCUCCAAAUUCACCAGUUUACACAGUUACCACAUGAAACUAUCCUCAUAUGUAUGGAUGCAAAUGAGAGGAUGCCCUUUAUUUAUUUGCAAUGAGACAAACCUGUUUGAGUAAAAUGAUUGGAAGGAUAAAUAAGCCCCAUUUCUGAGAUGAGGUUGUAAGACAAUGUGUUGUGUUUGUUUCUCCUCCUUAUCUGGAUAGACAUGAUAUAUGGGGAAGAAAAGCAAGGCACAGCUUUCCUUUUAUUCUGUGUAGCACUGAUACAAGAUACUGGAACUGGGAUGAUUGUGUCAGGUCUGACCAGUCCCAGGCCGUGUUAUUUGAACACCCUUGUGUUUACUCCAUGCUGCUCCAUCGGGUGCUAACAUCAUCAUUCUUGCAAACCCUUUGAUCCUUGAGACAGUUAAGGCGCAAUUUGCACGUAAUCUUGUAUUCCAGUGCUUCUGAUGAACACUACAAUUCAUUCUUAAACCGUUGACAGUAUUUGGGUAUUAUCCAGUAGAUUGGGAAAGAUUUUUUUUGCACUUUUCUCUGCAGUUCCCUGUAAACUUUCCCUGGAUACACCUGUCCCUUUUCUCUAUUGUUUAAAUGUCCUUUUUGUUUUUUUUAAAUAGUUUAAUGUCUAUGUUGUAUUGUCUUAUGCACUUUUGACCAGUGGGCAAUAUUUUGCAUUACUUUUCUCAAGAAAGCAUUUUCCAUUUAUUCUUUAGUCAUGUAUUUUAUUUAUGGAGCAUCCCUUUUCUGCAUAUGAUUAGUUUCAGUGGCCUUAUUGAUUGCCUUGAUGAGGCAUUCUUCCCACUAAAAGCACCCCAUUUAUUUCUAGCCAUUCAUUGAGGCAACCAAUAUGGCAAUUUACACUCAUUUGUAUAUUAGUAUGCAGAGAAGGCACACAAUAAGCUAUGCUGCCAUGCUGGUUAUUUUAUAUUCUUCUAAACAGAAUGCAAACCAUACUUAUGAAUUUAGUACAUCUCCACAUGCAAAUAACUUAUCUGAAUUAUAUUUGGAAAAAAAAAAAGAAAAUAUGGUUUAUGGCUUUUUCUCUUUUUUUUCCCAUGACCUGGUCAUCACUGUUUUCUGUUGGAGGCUUUUAUUAUCUUCUUUGUAUGAUUGUCAUUACCCUAAUAAGGCAUGGGUGACUAGAGGACAAAAUUCCCCUCCCAGAAUGCACUUCUGUCCUCCCUUUUAUUGUUCGGCAGUGCAUCUCGUGAGCUUUCAGUACUGACUAAAGAUCACUGCACAAAUACAAAGCCAAGCAGCUCUAAAGUGCAAACAUGAACACAUUCUUUCUGGUUCAUCCAAACAGCCGGUUUUGGAGUGCAGUAAUCUGUAAAUUGGCUCUCAGUGACUUAAGUUAAAAUAAAAUUCAUAUCAACAUACAAGUUGCAUUUAUUAGGCAGUCACUACAUACAUAUAUGUACACACACACAUGUGUACAUAUGAAUCAGGUUUACUACUUCUUAGCUAUUGCUGUAUCUAAUCCAUAAAACAGACUCCUGCCUAGAAAAUAAAGUUAAAGUAGCAUUGCUUCCUUUUACCUGCUGAAUAGAAUCUGGAUGUUGAAUCAUAUAUUUCAUGAUAUGCUGACUGAUAUCAACAUGUCAGUGCAGAAACACACUCUGACGGAAGCACAACUUUGAUUUAGGUGUUAUUGUCCCACUAAAUCCAUGAUUACUAUUGGAGUCCCAACCAAUGCUAAAUCUAAAAUAAAUGCUUGAUUGAUGAUGAUGAUGUUUUAUUUAUUUGUUUGUUUAUAAAAAAAAAGUAGUUCCUCAAAACCACUGGAAGCUUUUUUGGUCCUGGUAGACGCAAGCCAACAUGGUAUAAAGUAUGUGCACAAGGCCAAAAAAGCUAUGGACUAUAGUAACGGUAACAUCAUGGCAAGCAUUGAAUGUGAAAGGCGCCAAGCCUGGCACCUCCUCCCUUGUCCUGCUACAUCUAUAAAUCUGUUAGAAGAGAUAAUGGCAACUGUAUACAAUUGAAAUAAAAUGAUUGCAAUUGGGA